AUGGCCAGAAAAAAUAGCGCGGAGUCAUCGGAAUUGAAGACAAGAGAAGUCGAAGUGAAAAAGUAUAAGCAAGAAUUAGCUGCGAUAACGUAUGACGAGGAAUUGGACACGAAGAAUCGCGACACUCUUGCCACCUAUCAACAUGAAGUUCAACAAAUGCAAAUCAAACUGAAUAUUCUGCAUCAGAAGAAUCCUCGUAUACAUUUUACCUAUAAAGACCCAUUUGCUGGUUUCAAUCGCGAUGAUGUUCGAGGAUGUGUGGCCACCCUGUUCCGUAUUAAGGACCCAAAAUAUGCGUUGGCUCUCGAAAUUGCUGCUGGAUCAUUGUGUGAGUGGCCUUUUCUUUCUUGUUUUUUUUACUUAUGGUUCCGGUUGAAUAGCAUCCGGUCCUCAGGGAAGUCAGAAGAUUAUACGCUACGAGGAUAG